CUUUGGAGCCUUGAAUUUUUCAUGACCUUUCACCCCAUGAGUGACAGGACGGUUUGAAUCCUGUUGAACUGCGUCUGGGCUUAGGUCAUCAGACACCAGUCUUCCACAGUCACAGUCAAUGUGCUGGGUCUGUCCAUGUUUUUGGGCUUUUCCUGGAGCAGAGGACAAUGGCUCAACUUCCUUUCUCUCUCCCUGCACAGCAUGAAGUCCUGGAUUUGUCCUCUGCUGUCAUCUUACUCGAGACACAAUUAUCUUUGCACGCCUGAAGACAACAUCUACAACAUUGACUUCACACGAUUCAAAAUCAGAGACCUGGACACAGGGACUGUGCUGUUUGAGAUUGCCAAACCUCCCAAUGCUGGUCCCGUGCAGAAUGAAGAGGAUGGUCGAGAUGUGGACACCAGUGCAGGGCGCUUUGUGCGCUAUCAGUUUACUCCAGCUUUCCUCAGACUUCGCACCGUUGGCGCGACUGUGGAGUUCACAGUGGGUGAACGACCCAUCAACAGCUUUCGUAUGAUCGAGAGACAUUACUUCCAGGGUAGCCUUCUCAAGAACUUUGACUUUGACUUUGGAUUUUGCAUUCCUAACAGCCGCAACACGUGUGAGCACAUCUAUGAGUUUCCCCAGCUGCCAGAGGACCUCAUUUGCCAAAUGGUGGAUCAUCCUUACGAGACCAGAUCAGACAGUUUCUACUUUGUGGACAACAAACUUAUCAUGCACAACAAGGCUGACUACGCCUACAAUGGCGGUCUGUAGUCCCCACAAGGAAAUAUGCGAAGUAAGUUUUGGAUUGCUGCUGCCAUGUAGUACAUUUUUGGGUGGACAUGAACUCUGCCCGUUUUUGGACAUUCCUGUAAACUGCACCAAAUUGAUCCAAAGUGCUUCGAUAGGACGUGGUGGAUCCAUCGAUUCCUCAGUAUCAGAGGAUUGUUUCAUUUGUCGCAGUUGACUCUUUGUUCUGUUUGACCUUCAGGCUUGACGUGACGCCUCACAACCUUUGCCUUAAACUGGUGUCUGCUGGAAAGGGACUCGUCACACUGCUCAGGGUGUGUUUGUGCUCGUCUUACUUCAUUCUGACAUAACUUGAUGUUUAUUUCAACGCCUUAGCGACAGCUAUAGUGUGUAGCAGUAGUUAUCCACAGUCAUCUGUGCUUCAUCUGGUUGAAGUUAUAUAAUGAAAAUGUUUAUUACCAUUUUUUCUUCAACUGGGGCUGGAGUAUCUUAUUGGUUUGUCAUAUCGGUGUUUUGUAGCCUUUUUCUGUUUUGCUUCUAUUUUUUUAGCUGAACAAACAUCGUGCCUUGAGACCUCGACCCAUCACAGGUUCAUGUGUUAAUAUUGACCAAUUCAGAUACAAGGUGAGGUUUUUUGGGGGGAAAAAGUAGUAUCAACAUGUGUUUUGUAUGUUUUGAUGUUUGAUCAUUCAGAUACCAAUUAGAUUUGAAGUUUGUAAGUUCAGAGCAAAAUCAUGUUUUGACUGAGAUCGUUGCUCCUGAACAUGUACAGUUUUCCUUCUAAUUAAAGAAUUCUUCUCCUACUGCACGUUUCUGCCCGAGUCUUGUUCAUGUCGGUAACCUUGAGGAGCAUUGUUUACGUUUGUGACACACAUGGACUUUCUGGA